AUGCAGACAGAAGAAGCACAGGGAAGUGCCCAUAUAGGGAUACAAUGCGGGGGCUCUGACAGUUUAUACGGGAACAACUCAGGAACCAGCCUCUCCAUUUCAGGGAGCGACUUUUGCAUUGUCGCAUCUGACACGAGGCACUCUUCAGAGUACAACAUCAACACAAGGCGCUCUACAAAGACGUUCUGCAUUGACGGAAGGCUCAUUCUAAGCACUGCCGGGUUCUAUGCAGACUCCAUCUACAUAUACAAAGAGCUUUCCUACGAAGUGAAUACGUACCAGUUCAAGUUCAACAGAAAAAUGGACAUAGAGCAAGCAGCUGCUGUUCUGCACGUUCUCCUGUACAGGCACAGAUUCUUCCCGAAGUACACGUACUGCUGCCUUGUGGGAAUGAACGGGAAAAAUGAGCCGAAAGUGUACUCCUACGAUCCUGUGGGGUCGUACCAAGAGACGCUUUGCCGAUGCAAUGGAUCCGGCACUUCUAUGCUGCAGCCUAUGCUGGACUCGUGGAUCUCCCGAAACAACUGGCACUGCGAGGAGGGAAAGAAUCACAAGUGCAGCCAAGAAGAGGUCGUUUCUUUGGUGAAGGAUGUGUUUAAUAGCGUGGCUGAAACGGAUGUAAAGACGGGGGAUGCUUUGGAGGUGUACAUCAUACGGAAGGAGGGCAUCACACGGAGCGAGUUUGAGCUGAGGUCUGACUAG